AUGAUGAUGACAAACAUAACCAGAGUGAGUGGUUUCCUCCUCCUGGGGUUCUCUGACAACCGGGAGCUGCAGAUCCUACACGCUUUGCUCUUCUUGGUGUUGUACUUGUUGGGCUUGGCAGGUAAUUUCAUCAUCAUCACCAUCACAAUGCUGGACCCACAGCUCCAAUCUCCAAUGUAUUACUUCCUGAAGCACCUUUCCUUUCUGGACUUCUCCUCCCUGUCUGUCACUGUUUCGCAGUCUAUCCACAGUUCCCUGACUGACAGUGGAUACAUUUCCUAUGCACAGUGUGUGCUGCAGGUUUUCUUCUUCAUGUCCUUGGCCUGGGCUGAGGUGGCCAUUCUCACAGUGAUGUCCUAUGACCGCUAUAUGGCCAUCUGCUUCCCACUGCACUAUGAUGUCAUUAUGAGCCCCCAAAAGUGCAGGUGGGUUGUGACGGCUGUGUGGGUAAGUGGAGGCAUCCCAGGGAGCUUGUACACAGCAACCACAUUCUCUAUCAGAUUUUGCAAGGCCAAAAUAAUCCACCAGUUUUUCUGUGAUGUCCCCCAAUUGCUCAAACUCGCUUGCCCCAGUGAUUAUCUUUUAGUGAUUGGAGCAGUUGCCUUCAUUGGUGCUGUGGCCUUCGUGUGCUUCAUUGCCAUCACUCUGUCCUAUGGUCAGAUAUUCUCCACAGUCUUCAGGAUGCCCUCUGAUGAAGGUCGGUCUAAGGUCUUUUCCACCUGCCUGCCCCACCUCUGUGUUGUUUCAUUUUAUUUGUUCUCAGGAGCUUGUGCAGUUCUCAAGCCAACUUCAGACUCGGCAACUGCUGUAGACCUCAUGCUUUCUGUUUUUUACACAUUAGUACCCCCAACACUCAAUCCUCUUAUCUACAGUCUGAGGAAUGAGGCCAUGAAGACAGAUGUAAGCAAAUUAUUGCUGGAUGGAGAAUUCUUUGGGAAAGAUCAUUCUAAUUUUCCUCUUAAUGGCUGGAAACAUUAA